UGAUUCUCCCGAAUCCGGCCUAGAACUGUGGUGAACACUCACCCACCAAGAUGUGCAAAAGAUUCCUGGGCACCUGGAAACUUGUCUCCAGUGAGAACUUUGAUGAUUACAUGAAGGCUCUGGGUGUGGGCUUAGCCACCAGAAAACUGGGAAAUUUGGCCAAACCCAGAGUGAUCAUCAGCAAGAAAGGGGAUAUUAUAACUAUAAGAACGGAAAGUACCUUUAAAAAUACAGAGAUCUCCUUCAAGCUAGGUCAGGAAUUUGAAGAAACCACAGCUGAUAACAGGAAAACAAAGAGCAUUGUAACCUUGCAGAGAGGCUCACUGAAUCAAGUACAGAAAUGGGAUGGCGAAGAGACAACAAUAAAGAGAAAGUUGGUGGACGGGAAAAUGGUAGUGGAAUGUAUAAUUAAGGGUAUAGUCUGCACCAGAGUCUAUGAGAAGGUCUGA